GCCAAUUAGCAGCAUCCUCAGUCUCAGCAGAUUGCUUGCUCUCUAAGAGUUGUAGUAUUUGAGUGAUGAAAAGUCUGCAGUGACUGGAGAAGACCUGAGAUCCAGCUCUGUUGAGUCCCUUGUUUGGGGGUUCCACCUUGAGCUGCUCCUAAGAUGAACCCUGGCUCUGCAGGGCAAAUAUUGCACCAGCCACCGAUCAUGCGUGUUAACGCAACUCCACAGGUGCCUCUCUUCCAGGAGGUGCAGGAGUCAUGGCUGUCCAGCACUUCGGUCAUGAUGAACCUGUCCAACGUCAGCACCAGGCAUGUCACCGCUGAGGGCGACCUGGAUGUCAACACGGACAUCUACUCCAAAGUCCUGGUCACGGUCAUCUACCUGUUCCUCUUCGUGGUGGGCUGUACUGGCAACUCCAUCACUGCCUACACAUUGGUGAGGAAAAAGUCCCUGCAGAACUUGCAAAGCACUGUCCACUACCACUUGGCCAGCUUGGCCCUUUCCGACCUCCUAAUACUUCUCCUCAGCAUGCCCAUAGAGACUUACAACUUCAUCUGGGUCCACCAUCCCUGGGCCUUUGGCAACGUAGUGUGCAAGGGCUACUACUUCCUGAGGGAUGCUUGCACUUAUGCCACUGCCUUGAACAUUGCCAGCCUCAGCAUGGAGAGGUACAUGGCCAUGUGUCACCCUUUUAAGGCCAAAAGCAUCAUGUCAAGGAGCAGGACUAAGAAAUUCAUCAGUUGCAUCUGGGUGGCCUCCUUGCUGUUGGCAAUGCCGAUGAUUUUCACCAUGGGGGAGAUCUAUGGGUUAGGGGUGGAAGAUCCGGAUCAGCUGGUCUGCACCAGGAUUGUGGAGAUGUCCACCUUCAAAACUGUCAUUCAGGUCAAUGCUUUCCUUUCCUUCAUCUUUCCAAUGAUUGUGAUCUCCGCUCUCAACACCAUCAUAGCCAACCAGCUGAUCAUUAUGGUCAAACAGGCUCACCAGGAAAACCAAGUGUGCACCAUUGGUGGACAGCAGACGGUCCUAAGCAUGUCCAUGGAACCCAGCCGUAUCCAGUCUCUAAAGCAUGGGGUUCGAGUCCUUCGCGUGGUAGUUAUUGCGUUCGUUGUCUGCUGGCUUCCAUAUCACGUGAGGCGACUGAUGUUUUGUUAUGUCCCGGAGGAGCUUUGGACAGAUGAACUCAAUGACUUCUACCACUACUUCUACAUGCUGACCAAUGUCCUCUUCUAUGUCAGCUCCACCGUUAACCCGAUCCUUUAUAAUCUGGUGUCAGCAAACUUUCGGCAGAUCUUUGUCUCCACCCUAAGUUUUUUAUGCCCACCAUGGAGAAGGAAGAAAAAGCACCCGGGUUUUAGCAGGAAGUCCAACAGCAUCUCCAGCACCAACCACACAUUUUCCACCCAAAUCACCAGGGAGACUCCAUACUGAAAACAAAGGAAAUGUGUUAUCCAGCACUU